AUGAUUUUGACUUUGCAAGUUUUCGGGCUCAAGACUUCACAGGUGUUGCGUGUGAUGCUGCAGGCGGCUCAGAAACGUUCACGUGUGAGUUGUUCGCCUUUGCUGUCGGUUGCAGACCUUCAGAAGGCUUUCCAAGCCAGCUUGCAAAGUGUUGAGCACGACUUGCCUGGCUUUUUGCAGAGCUACGCAAAGUCCACCUUCAAGACCAGCGCGACUGCAGUGGUCCCACUGUGGAGCCAGCACGAAACUUUCUGGGCAGGGCUUCUGGAAGUUUUGCCAGAUGCCAUGCUGCCAACAGUGAAAGGAAGGGCUGCGCUGGAAGCCUGUCACAGCAAGCAGGCACUUGCUUCCGACAAGUACUUGGCCACCACUCCGCUCUCCGUUCUUGUGGACCGAGCCAUGUCCACUUGCCGCGUGCAGCUGUCCAAGUUUCGAGAGCUUGCAGUGGAUGGGACGUACUACGCGAGCGUUUCCAGACGCUGUACUGUAGAAGAACUUGCGGCACUGAACCGCCUCUUAGCUGUGACAAGUCGUAACUUGAGCGACCGAAGCAAGCAGGCCGCCACGCAGCAGGCAGCACCGACAGUUGAGCGCCAAGCUUUGCCUGAACUUGUGCUUGAACCGGAGGAGGCGGAGGCACUUCCAGCUCUCCAGGCCCUAGUGCUCUUCGAGCCGCAAGCUCCGCAGCAGAGCUUGCACGCUCCACAGCAGAGCUCCUCUUCUUUUUCUGGCAGCAGAAAGUUGCAGAGGUUCUUCUCUGCUGACGAGCUCUUUGGAGUUGUUGCCUCACCUCAGGAGACAAGCAAGGACUCGGUUGUUUCGAGAAGAGACCGCGAAGCGCUGGAGUCCGCGUUGCUAGUUGUGCCUGCCUCUGCUUCGGAGAAGCGGCUGUUGAAGAAGCACAAAAAACCUGUAAGCAAGGAAGCGGCGAAAGCUGCAGCUCCCGGGAAGCCAGCGGGAAAAGCUAAGGCAAAGACUGCCAGCGAAUCCAAGGCCAAAGAAAAAACAGGGAAGAAGCCCUCCGGUGUGGCCAAGUCCAAGAAAGGCAAAGCGAAGUCUCAGACCUUGAAGGUCAAGCAGGAGGAACAACGUUUGAGGAAGAACUUUGCGUCCCGCCACUACCACGAGGCGAAGAGGUCUGCGAUUGCUGAUGGAAAGUCCACGGAGCGGAGCUACAUACUGGCAAGGUUGGCACACCGAAAGGCUUUGCAGGAGUGGGACAAGAGCCCCUCGACUGCCCGCUGA